AUGGAAUCAAGAAAACGUUUUCUCACAAUCCUUUUUUUUCUUCUGUACGUUGCAAGUUGGGAUGGAAGUUUGCACCCUGGGGAGGAUAGGUCACUUGACGAGAUACUAACAAAGGUAUAUGAAGAAAAUUAUGUUCAUAAAAAUAAAAACAUUAGAAGUGGCACCAUGUGGAUGGUGGCAAUUCAAUACGCAAGAGAGAUAAAGACUUUCGUGACGAAUUGUUUUAAGAGUAUCACAAGGUCGAAAUACUUUUAUGCAUCUGGAAAGGUCAUAUAUGGUAUGAAAGACGACAGGGAUUUUAGCAUAUUUUCACAUUUCUGCUACAGUAAUAGUAGGCGUUCAAAAGAAAAGGGAGUUGUAAUUCUGACAAGUUUAUUUAUACCCAAAACUAAAUUCUUAAUAUCAAAUCAAACAGAGGAAGAAAUGUAUAAUAAUGUACAUAAAAAAGAUGGAAAUACGUGUGAAGAUUUGGAAAAAAAGUCUUUAUUUGUGCAUACUUUUAAUGCUACUUCAGCAGGGUAUUUAGACAACUCCUAUUUUAUAUACGAAAAAGAUAUAGAUGACAAUUUGAGAGACACAAAAUUAAAUUUCGCUCUACUAAAUUGUGGCCAGGAAAUAAAAAAUGCGUACAAAAUUGAAUUCAGAAACAAUGACAACUUUUUGAGAAAUCAUUUUUCUUGUGAAGACCAAGGGUUAAUUGAGAUACAUAUACUAUUGGUUAUGAUACUAGGUGUGCUUUCACUAGUGUACAAGAAAAAAGAAGAAACAUUAAGACAAGCGAAUAAUGCACUGAAGGAAUCUUUGCAUGUAGCUGUCCUGUUUUUCUUUUUUUCGAAUUUAUUAUAUCUUAUACAUUUGUUUGUUUAUGCUUUCAAUGGGUCUGGGUUCACUAUACUUAAGGUGCUGAGCCAAAUUUUUGAAUCCAUCUAUGAUUGUUUUAUUGUGAGUAUAAUAUUUUAUGUAAUGUGUUGUACACAUGAUAAGAAUAAAAGAAGGGAAGAUACUUUUAGGAAUUCUCUUGUUUAUAGUAUGUUUAAAUUUACGUAUGUUUUAUUCGAGGUGCAGAAUCAACAGGACUUGAAUCUGUAUGCAUCUUUAUCAUCAGUUGUAGCUUUACCCUUUGUGGCAUAUCGAUUCUUCAUUGCGGUGUUGAUUUACAACAACUGCAAGAAACUGAUGAAGGAAAAGACUUACAGUAAUGAGAAGUUUUCUGUUUUAUUUGAAGCGUUUUUGUACAACCUCUGGAUCAUGUCUAUCCCCAUGUACUACUUACUGAUGACUAGAGCUUCAGUACAUUUCACCCACCUGUUCGUGCAUUUCUCGAAUCUUUUAAUUUUGAUCUAUUUGGUACACAUAAUUUCUGAAAAGAAGUAUGAAGAGCUGGAAUCCAGGAAUCCAUACUUAGAUAUGGAGUGA